AUGUUUCUCUCUGUCCUGGCCGCCUCCCUCUUUACCACGGUGUCCCUAGCCAGGGAAAUCCGGCCGCUGCACCCAGUAGGAGUGGCCGUAGUGAGCCGUGAUGAGGAUCUGCUGGAAAAAUAUCGCGGCCAGGUCACAAGACUUCAUGACGCGAUAUCAAACGCUACCCAAUGCUACACCGACUUCAUUGACAACCUUCACAAGUCGGAACCUGAUACUUUGCAUACUAUCAACGCCUGUGGUGAUAAAAAUGAAGCAGCCCGAGCUGAGUUGGCUGCGACCCAUGAGAUAGCCAGGAGCCCAGCCUUUCCUUCAGAUGAGCUGUUUUCAGCUCAAUUGCCCGACGUCCUCGACAGUCGAACCAGCCUCCAGGGCCCGUGGACCGAAGAUCUACAAGACCGGGUUCACCAAUUGACUCUUGAGUCGCUAAACGCGGUCGAGGCAAGCAAGCGAGCAGCACUCUUGCCAGAGUACCGAAAGCACGUAACAGCGCUCUACGACCAUCUAUCCAAAGCCGUCACAUGCUACGAAGCGUAUGACAACAACGUCCAGAAGCCAGGUGCUAAUCCCGACAGCAUCGACGCCUGUGACACGGAAUACGACGCCGUUGCGCGCUCUCUUCGCGAUGCCCGCAGCACGGCCUACCAGCCCGACUUUCCCGACGGCAACUGGCUCUUUGAGGCUAAAAUCCCGGAUAUGCGCGACAGUCGCAACCAGAAAAAAUUAGACGAGUUGCGCGACGCGGCCAAACACGCCUUCGAGAUCAAAGAUCAGGCGAAGCUUGUGGAGAACUACCACGAAGAAGUCACCGAUCUUCAGCGCCGCCUCGCAAGUGCCACCAAAUGCUACGUAGACUACAUCGACAACAUCCAUAGGGAAGACAUUACCGACGAGGGAUACAAGUCGCGCGCUGAUCAGGCCUGCAACGAGGCCUACAGGCAAAUCCAGGCCAAGCUCACCGAGGUGCGUGCGGCGGCCAGCAAGCCCAACUUUCCUGGGGCGUCGUGGCUUUUCAACGCCCAUCUUCCUGAUAUCACGGACGGGCGGGCAGAGCUCCAGAGCGAAUGGACGAAAAACUUGGAGGGGAAGCUUCGCGAGCUGACGCAGGCGGCGGACCGGGCUGAUAGAGCGGGUAUCCAGGCGGACGACAAGCUCACGCAGUUCAAUGCCACUGUGUUGCAGGAGGUUGUGCCGCUGGUGAAUAAGACGGCUAUGGAGACGGCAGAGGUGCUGGUCAAGUAUGUUGCGCUUAACCUUCUCACGCAGGGGAAGACGGCGGAGGAUGUCAAGGACGCUGCGAAUAAGGCCUUGCUUGGUUUUGUAAAGGGACUGGGGCACGACAUGGUUGAUGGUGUGUUGAAGGAUGUGGCUGCCGCGGAAGACAAGGAGUAG